AUUUCUGAACCGCCCAGCUGGACUGAUGGACAAAGAAACACUUGGAGGGAGGUUUUUUUUGUUUUGGAUUAGAAGAUUACAACAUUUAGGAAACUCCUUUUGCAAGAAGAACAGAUGAGAAAUUGCUUCUGGAUGUUUGAAUCAUCUCAUUAAGAUGUGUGACUUCAUUGGAUUACAGCACACGUGCAUCCUGAGGGAGACUCAUCCUCACAUCUAUGUGCACUGAAGUAGAAAAGACAAGGCAGUAACUGACAGAGGGUGAAGACUUUUUCCAUGAGAAGUGGACCUUUCCUGCUCGUCUGCUGUACUUCUUCUUCUUCUUCUUCUUCUUUUUCUUGGAUUCAUCAUGGACCGUGGUCGUUGGAGAUCCAGUCUGAGACGGACUGACUUCGGGGAAACUCCAAAAGAGGAGGAUCUGUUUGAUUAGCUGGAAGUACAUGUCGGGAGCCUUUAAGGGGGCUGACGAUGAAACGCCGACGGAAAUACUGGUUCUGGAGUCGGAAAAGUAAAACUUCAAAGACUUGUCUUCUCUGCUGUUGUGCGAGAAGAGGCAAAACUCCCUGUUUCCAGACCAGAAGUGCAGAGGACGAGACCUGUGUGGCCGUCAAAAUCGAGCAGUCUUUAGCUCUCGGCAGCAGCAGCCCGCUGUGCAAGCAGAGCAGCGUGCCCAUUGUGCAGGCGUGCCUUAACAGGGCCACUGAGGCGUCCGCUAACAGGAGCAAGGCGAAGGUCAAUGGAAGAGCUCCGAGCAGCAGGCCUCGGCUGCCGUCUAAACCUCAAGUGCCUCCAAAGCCGGCACACCUCCUGAGCCCCGUGACGGCGCCAACCUUUUCUCCGCUGCGCAACGUCCACCCUCAACCGUUCAAGCCCAGAAUGGAGGAGAGCGGAAUCAAACCCGCGGCCACUACCCGAGAGAGAAUCCGGGACAAACAGUCCAAGGUGUCGGAUCUGAUCAGCCGCUUCGAGGAGAACAGACACACAGACAACAAGCGAGACGGCUCCCCUGUCAAACCCGUCGGCAAGGCUGCCCACGUCGGCCCGGCUCCCCGUGCCCACCAGAGGACGGAGGCCAGCAGGAUUCAGGAGAAAUUCUCCCCUGCGCCGGCGUCAGCGCAGGAUGCCCAGAAACCAGCGACUAACGGGGUGCUAGUGCAGACCAAGCAGGGCAUGGAGCAGGAAGAGGAGAACCACGGCAGCCUGGAGAUAACGACUGCAGGGCUUUUAAAUGGAGAUAUGGGGUGCGCCGAACGGAGCGAUGACCUUUCACCUCCACAUGUGGAAAGGACUGUUUCAGAGAGAAACGCUGAGAACAACGCCGGGAAUAAAGCCGAGACGGAGCAGAGGACAGAGGAAGCCAGCACCAACCAUAAUGAGACAAAAGAGCAGAAGCUGUUUAAAAUCGCCAGUGAGCUCCUGCACACAGAGAAGGCGUAUGUGGCACGACUUCACCUGCUGGACCAGGUGUUUUGCUCCAAAUUAAUGGAGGAGGCCAACAAAGGAACCUUCCCUGUGGACGUAGUGAAGAAUAUCUUCUCCAACAUUUCGUCCAUCCACGCCUUCCACAGCCAGUUUCUGCUUCCAGACCUGGAGAAGCGGAUGGACGAAUGGGCAUCCACCCCUCGCAUUGGAGACAUCCUGCAGAGGUUCACACCCUUCCUCAAAAUGUACGCAGAGUAUGUGAAGAACUUCGACAACGCCAUGGAGCUGCUCAAACAGUGGAGCGACCGCUCGCCCCAGUUCAAAGCCAUCAUUCUGGAGAUACAGAGUCAGGAGGUCUGCGGCUGCCUGACGCUGCAGCAUCACAUGCUGGAGCCGGUGCAGAGAAUCCCUCGAUAUGAGAUGCUGCUUAAAGACUACCUGAAGAAGCUGCCUGACAAACACCCGGAUGAGAGGGAUGCACAGAAAUCUUUAGAAAUAAUUGCCACAGCAGCGACUCACUCCAACUCUGCAAUAAGGAAAUCUGAGAACUUGAAGAAACUGAUGGAGAUCUACGAGAUGUUGGGCGAGGAGGAGGACAUCGUCAACCCCUCCAACGAGUUCAUCCGGGAGGGACACAUCCUGAAGCUGGCGGCCAGGAACACCUCGGCGAUGGAGAGAUACCUUUUCUUGUUCAACAACAUGUUGUUGUAUUGCGUGCCAAAAUUCAGCCUGGGGGGGCCCAAGUAUACGGUGAGGACACGGAUUGGGAUUGAAGGCAUGACGGUCCGGGAAACCUCCAACGAGGACUACCCGCACACCUUCCAGGUGUCCGGAAAGGAGAGGACCCUGGAGCUCCAGGCCAGCUCAGAGCAGGAUAAGGCCGGCUGGAUUAAGGCUUUCCAGGAGACCAUAGAGGUCUUCCAGCAAAAGAAUGAAUCCUUUAAGAACGCCCUGAAGGAGGUGGAGGAAGUUUCGAAAGCUGAGCUGGGGAAGCGGGCCCCUCGUUGGAUUCGGGACAAUGAAGUGACCAUGUGCAUGAAGUGUAAGGAGUCUUUUAACGCGCUGACGCGGCGGAGGCACCACUGCAGAGCCUGCGGCUACGUGGUUUGUUGGAAAUGCUCAGACAACAAGGCGCCGCUUGAAUACGACGGAAACAAGAUGAACAAAGUUUGCAGAGACUGUUACAGCACUCUGACGGGCGAAAGGGUCACCGAAGACGGAAAGAAGGAAAGAAAAGGCAUUUUGGAGAUCGAGGCAGCUAAAUUCACGGAGAGCAGCAUCAUCUGCGGCUUCUUGCAACACUCGGACAAAGGCAAGCUCUGGCAGAAGGUUUGGUGCGUCAUCCCCGAGAAAGACAGCCUGGUGCUUUAUCUCUACGGAGCGCCGCAGGACGUGAAGGCCCAGGGUUCCAUCCCGCUGGUGGGAUACUCGGUGGAUGAAAGCAACCGGUCUACGGACCCCUCACACAGCUUCCACCUUUCCCAGUCCAAGUCUGUCCACUACUUUGCUGCAGAGAAUGAUGAAGCAAAGCAGCGCUGGCUGAAGGUGAUUCGAGUGGCGGUAACCGGGGAAACGCCAGAACGGCCUCACGGCAAUGACGCCAACGCUAACAUGUCGGACGACAACGCGCAGGAAGCCGAUGCCACAUAGUGGGAGUGUCCUCUGCACCCAGAAUGCUGUUGGAACAAACAAGACGGACCGGAUUAGUUGUUGUGUGAACAAAAGAAAAAAACAACAACACACAAUUUCCACUUAAAUUUCCUUUUUUUUAGAUGAAAGUGGAACAAACAGUGCUGGAAACUCUGCCCUUCCUUUAUCUGGGUUGCUUUUGGGGAUCCUUUCUGUGCUGGAUUACUAACGGACAUCUCUGGAGCAAUCAACACUAGAGCAGAGAACUCCCAGAAUGCAUCAGCUUCCCUCCAACAGGCGUCAUGAAAGAAAUACGCCAACCCCGUGGUGCGGUUCGUGCCCACGGACCACCCACAGGGUUUUUACAGUGACAUGCUGAGGCUGGGAGACGCAACGAAAAGGGCAAUUCCUGCACACUUCUGCACAAAAAGACAGUCUUUCUUUUUUGUUUUUUAAGUAAACAUUUGUGUAUUAUGUACAGAAACAAGCUUCAUUUGUAUGAAACAGUAAAAACAUCUAAGGACGAUAUAAAGUAUUUACAGUA